GCGACCAAAUCCAGCAGCUUGAUAGGCUGAAAUCACAUGACUCUGUUAAUCGCGAGUGUAUUUCCGCGUCCACAAGAGGGCUUUAGCUCUCUCUCCAGCGGCUUUGAAUAAAAUCCUGAAUCGGAGGAGGUAUUUUUUUCAUCCAUCGCGCUGUCGUCGAAACGUGUCGCCGAGCUGGGGGGAAAUUCGGGAAAGGGGAGCCGCGCUGGCGCACCGCACAGCACUGACCCACGACGCGGCACGAACAUGCUCACUCGGGUUAAAUCUGCGGUGGCCAAUUUCAUGGGAGGCGUUGUGGCUGGUGGCGCUGAAGGUGACUCUUCCGGAUCAGAACUGCCGCUGAAAUUCCCCUACACGAGACCCGAGUUCCUAGGACUGACCCAGGAUGAAAUCGAAUGCUCCGCAGAUCACAUAGGACGGCCGAUUCUCAUCCUCAAAGAGACGAAGAGAUUGCCGUGGGCCACUGGUUACGCAGAGGUGAUAAACGCAGGUAAGAGUUCCCUGAAUGAGGACCAGGCGUGUUGUGAGGUGGUGGUGGUGAGAAAGAGACCAGGAGACUCCACCACCCCCAUUAAGACCCCCACRGCCAAGAGAAGAUCCUCGCUGCCCAACGGAGAAGGCCUGGGGUUGAAGGAGAACAGCGCUGACUCAGAGAGUCUGGUAUUCUACUACUGGGCAUUGUUCGACGGCCACGCCGGCUCCGGGGCUGCAGUAGCGGCCUCCAAGCUCCUCCAACACCACAUCGUUGAGCAUCUCCAGUCUGUCCUCGAGGUCCUAASGAACCAUGCCGUUUUACCGCCCACCAUCUUCGGUGAAGAGUCUAACCACCACAUGACCCCCGGGAUCCACCGGGCCACCCUGACCCGGGCCGCGUCACUCCGUGGAGCCACUGGCGCCCCCAGCACCCCCUGCACCCCUCCACCACAGAGGUUCUUCACAGAGAAGAAGAUCCAGCACGAUAGCCUGGUGAUGGGAGCCAUGGAGAACGCCUUCAAGGAGAUGGAUGCCCAGAUAGAGAGGGAGAAGCAGGUGUAUAAUAUCACUGGAGGAUGCACAGCACUGUGUGUUGUUUAUCUGCUUGGAAAGCUAUAUGUGGGAAACGCAGGAGACAGCAGGGCGAUCAUUAUAAGGGACGGGAAGGUCAUACCCAUGUCCACAGAGUUCACCCCAGAGUCAGAGAGACAACGGCUACAGUUCCUGGGCUUCAUGCAGCCUCACCUAUUGGGAGGAGAGUUCACCCAUCUGGAGUUCCCCAGGAGAGUACAGAGGAAGGAGGUGGGCAAGAGGAUGCUCUACAGAGACUUCACAAUGAAUGGAUGGGCGUAUAAAACCAUAGAAGAUGAGGACCUGAGGUUCCCACUGGUCUACGGCGAAGGGAAAAAGGCCAGAGUAAUGGCCACUAUAGGAGUGACCAGAGGCCUUGGUGACCAUGAUCUUAAAGUACACGAUUCCAACAUCUACAUCAAGCCUUUCCUGUCCUGCUGUCCAGAGGUGACGGUGUACAACCUAAACCAAUACGAGCACGGUGCUGACGACGUCCUGGUGAUGGGAACAGAUGGCCUUUGGGACGUCCUGUCCAACAAGGAAGUCAACGAAUCAGUCUCCACCUUCUUGGCCAACUGUGACCCCGACGACUUAUACAGGUACACGAUGGCUGCUCAGGAUCUGGUGAUGAGAGCGCGAGGAGUACUGAAGGACCGAGGCUGGCGGAUCACUAAUGAACGGCUGGGAUCUGGAGACGACAUCUCCUGUUACAUCAUCCCUCUGAUGUACGGAAACCGCCAGCCCUAGAACCACCUACAGGCCAUGAUUGGAGCAGACUCCCAUCUCUAUGGCAGGCUCCCUCCUCAACCAGCAGUACUGUACCCCUCUCUUUUUGACUCUCUCUGUGUGUCACCCCCCUCUCAGUGCUGUACUAUAAGUGAUAUUCAAGAAACUAAUCCUUCAAGAUGUUACAAUGUUCCCUUCUUCCCUAAACGGGUAUGAGCUUCAGAUUGUGGUAUGUGACCUGAGAUCCCAGUCAUGUGAUGUUGGACUGUGCUGACCUGUGCAGCUUUGUUUCCUGCUUUGCCACAGUGUGGCUUCAGAGGAGUCACUUCCUGAAGUACAGUAUUUCUUUCAGACCUACCAAGGUUCAGUACAGACAGGUGUUUGUCUGGCAGAAAAUGGUUUCUACUAAAAUUAUGUAUGUAGUUUUCUAAAACAUGUCACUCAUCUCAACUGGAAAGGGAGGCUGAACGUAGUGAAGAUCACAUUUUUUGACUUGACGUAGCCUAUGUAAUGAAGAUAGAUUCUGUAUCCCUCACCGUAAUCUGACUGAGCAAGGUGCAAUAGUUUACUAUGGUACUGUUUCUGUAUGACUUGAUCUCGUUUUUCCUCAUUGGUGUAAAAAUGGUCAUAGUCAUUCAAAAAACAAUAAGUUAAGAGUUCUAUCUUAUGUGUUCAUAGACCAAGACCCAAGUUCUGUUACAAAUCGUAUGAUGUAGCUGUAUAUUUAUUUCUGUUAGAUCAUUAUUUUAGGCUGAUAAUGUUCAAUAUGUUUAUUUGCAUGUAAUGCUGCUUGCUUUUGGAAAUAGUUUUAGUAGUUCAGACUGAACCCAAAGAAAAGAGAUCUCUUUGCUGAAGGAUGUUUUUAGGUGUCAUAUACUCAAUGGAUUAUUAAGUAUGUUGGCCUACACCAUUGCCACUUCAGUUUGUGCCAUUCUAUGCGUCUUUUACGUUUCAAUAUUGUAAGAGGAUUUAUUUAUUUAUUUUAUACUGACUGAUCUAUUGUCACACUUGAUCCUUCAAUUCAGUGCCAGUAAUCCACAUAUGUCAUACGGCACCAUUGUUUUAUUAUUUUCAUACAUACCAUGAUAAAACAUAUGAAUUGAUGUAAACAUACUAUAUCAUUUCCUACAUGUUACAUUACAUAUUUUGGUGACAUUGGCAGCGUUGAUGUAUUGUUGAGGGUGGCUGAAGUUUUCACAGAUGCCGUGCUCGAAGAUGGUUUCCUAACAUAAGAUACUCAGUUCUGGCUCUUGACUCUGCUAUCUACCAAUCAGUAGACCAUGUGCUACAUUUAGGGCUAUUUCCAAUCCUUAACCCGCAAUAACCGACAACUGCAUAGCAGGUUGUGUUUUUAUUUCGAUGAUUUUAGAGGUGUAACAUCGUUGGAGCUGUCAAAUCAGCAAGUGACUCCCGGCAUUAUACCUAUCGCAGACAUUGCCAUUGGAUGCACGAGUCGCAUUAGUAUAAAUCCCAUGCAGCCUUGUUGUUUCAAGCUCAAACAUUGGAAUGUGUGCUGUAAUCUACACCUCAAUUAGGCUGAUAUCAAUCCUUAUUAAUUUGUUUAAUGAGUUUCAAUUUGAGUGUCACUUUCUAUAUAGCCUCCACUUUCUCAUUCUGAACUUCCAAUGCGGGUGGGUUUUAUAGACGGGUGUGGUUUGGUGACAUGAUGACAAGAGCUGCUCCAAUGCAGUUACACCUCUGACAUCACCUAAACAAAAGCAAGGAAAUUGCUAUGCAGUUGUCGGUCAUGGCAGGUUUACGCUGAAACUGAUUGAAUAGGCCUGAAAGGUCAUGUUAAUGAAAUUUGAUGAUAUUUGGAUGAAACCAGAUCAAAGUAGGAUGGCCAAAGUAUGAAAAAUGACCUAUUGCUUCUACAUUGAUAAAAGUUUGAUCAUAUAGUUACUGGUCCAUUCCCCCAUUUGGAUUCAGGAGGCGGAUUAUUAAGGGCUUUUUGUGACAUCACAAAAUCCUCUCAUUUUAAUACACCAAUUUAAAUAGGUACCGCCUUGUAACCAAUAUCGCAGAGGGGAGUGGUUUAGGUAGCUAGUUUAGUGGUGCUAAAAUUUGACUGCAGCAUGUCUGCAAAUAUAAUGAGGUUUCCCCUAUUCAUCUAAAGCAAAUAUACUUAGGUUUGUACUUUCAUCUGUGUCUGGUGUUAGCUAGGAACUGGCUAGCUCGGUCUUCAGCCAGCAUGGAACAAAAGCGGGGGAAGGGUUGCCCAAAACUCAGAUACAGUUGUCAAGUACUUACACAUGUCAAACGGGAGAUUCAUCUAAACUUCUUGACUAUCAUUAAUAGUCAUGAUAUAUGGACAUUGCCUGACUCACCGGACAGUUUUUUUUUUUAGGUACAUUCAUUUAGUCCCGGGUCAGACCACCCUUUGCCUCCAGAACAGUUUGAAUUCCUUGGGGCAUGGAUUCCACAAGGUGUCGGAAAUGUUCCAUAGGGAUGUUGGUCCAUGCUGACGCGACAGCACCACGCAGUUGCAGCAGAUUGGACGGCGGAACGUUUGGUACGUUCAUGCUGUGAACAGGUUUGGUCAGUGACAAUGUUCAGAUACGCUGUGGCGUUCAAUCGUUGCUCAAUUGGUAUCAAGGGACCUAGUGUGUGCCAGGAAAACAUUCCACACACCAGUACACCACCAGCCUGUACCGGUUGACACCAGGCAGGAUAGGUCCAUAGACCCAUUCUGCUUACGCCAACUCCUGACUCAACAGGAACUGGGAUUCCUCGGACCAGAGGAUGUUUUUCCACUCCUCAAUUGUCCAGUGUUGGUGAUCGCGUGCCGA